GUAGAAACGUUAGAAAGUUUCAAGAUGGCGACUGCAUGCAGGAGGUUUUCAUCUUGAAACAGUGGCCCGCGCCCAGAAAAACGAGAGAUCAACCAACUCUACACUGCGCCCACUUUUGCUGGGUGGGUUAAUUUCUUUCUAAAGGAUGGCAUUCAAGUUCAUUUUGAGUCAUCAUAUCAAGACGAUUCUUAAUGAUGCAGAGGAUAAGCAAAAGAAAGACAUAAAAGAUUUUGCAGGUGGACAUCUGAAUGAGUCUGUUCUUUUGAAAGCUCCAAUAGUUUUGAAUCGCAAACCAUGGGCAAGUGCACAUGCAAAAGACGUAAGUCUGAAAGCUGCCUCAAAGCCACAGCAUAAGCCUCGAGUCAAGUCGGAGAAGGGAACUCCAAAAGAAGUAUUGUUUGACUUCAGCUUAGGAACUGCUGGUGUGAUCCCUCCUGUCAAGUCAAAAGUCCCCAAGACCCCAGAAGUGAGAUACAGAUUAGUUCCUCCAGAUGAAAAGGAAGGAGAAGACUCCGAAGAUGUGCCCUCCUUCACACCCAAAUCUCUGUACUCACAACUUGAAGAUGGUGUUCUCAUUGAAGAACUGCCUCCUCAAGAGUUGAUGAUGCCUGUGUCAAGAGGAAGGAGGAGGCCACUGGCAGCUGAGAGCGGAGAAGACAAGUUACCCUUUGUUGGGGACAGCAUGUUUACAUCGCAGACUUCAUUUCUGUCCAGGCGAUCAGACAUGAUAUCUCCCCUUCCUUUCAACUACUCCCUGGUUCCCAUGCACAGUAAAGGUCUCACAAGGAAAGACCAGUAUCGCAGGAUGAAAGGUUUUGAUGCGACGGUGCUGAAGAGGAAAGAACUUACAGAGCAGAAAAUUUUGUCUGGUGAGAAGGCUGCGAGGCAUCAUGAGUUCAAGCUUGAGCAGGAUCUGGAAGAUCUAAAUUUAAAUGGUAUUGGACCAAACUUCCACCGUCUUCAAGUCUUUAGCAAUGUCCUGGAAGAUGUCAUAGAUGAGUCUCCAACUUUCAAUUACAUUCUGCGUUGUGUCAAGACUGAGUAUGACAACUACAUAGCAAAGCUGCUUGACGGACAGACGUCUCAGCAGCACUUGCUCCGAGACCAGGUGGAUCAGAUGGCUUCCAGAGGCACGUCAAGGCCAGAUGAUAUGGCGGCCGCGAUGGAGAAACUGCACUCUUUGGAGGAAGAGGCGAGGCAGAUGCUGGACAUGAAUCAGAAGCUGCGGGAUGAUGUGCAUGCUGAGAAUGAGCUCUUGACCAAGACUCCGGAGAAUCCAGCCAACAGAAUACCAUCUUUCAAAGCCAGGAAAACACCACCUGCAGGAGGCUACUCUCGAAAAGAACAGCCAGUUGAGUUGUCCUUGGAGUUAGAAAACAUGAAGGCUUUGAUUCUGGAAAAGAUGGAUGAGCUGACGGCCAUGAGGGUUCAGCUGAGGGAUGAGUUUGUUCCCAUGACGGUCUGCACCCACUUGGAACAAUGUAUUAAAGAAACAGAGGUGGAGGUACAGAAAUUGCUGAAACAAAAUGAGUACUUUGAGAGAAGCAUUGCUGAAAUGGAUGCUGAUCUGAAAGAAGCUAUCAUAGAGGCAGACACCAGUGAAAAGGAUGCAAGGAGAAUAUGGUACAAAGUGAACUCUACCAAAGGUAUGCCAGGACAGAGGCAAGGAACCGGCACCGAGAGUGAUGAGGAUGAUGAUGACGAGAGUAAAUGGAACUGGUACAUCUCUUAGACACUGCAAAGUAAAAAAAAGGGGAAUUUGUGCAUUUCUUUGACUCUGUGGAUUAAAGAAAGGUGAAUUUGUACAAUGACUCUACAUAUUAAAGAAAGGGGAAUUGGGAUGUUUUUUAGACUCUGUGGAGGCAAGAGAAUGGAACUGGAACAAGUAUCUCUUCAUCAUCAUCCGGUGCCUUGCCGACUUGCGUGGGCGAUCAUGGACCUCUUAGACUCCUUCAAAUGCAUGAAAGCGGGAUUGGUAGAUUUCUUAACACUUUGCCAUCACAUCUUGGCGAUCGUCAAUGUUUACCACCCAGUUUCUUUGGAUUUUCCCCAAAAUGCCUUUGCCUUUGAUGGCAAGUGAUGGUGUUAAACUCUAUUGACAAAAGUAGACAUUUUACUUCUCCCAUCGAAUGGGAUGUUUGUUCUCAUACUUUUUCUACUGGAGCUGCUAGAGGGUUAACUUAGUCAGCCCACAGGGCCGCUCACUGCGGCUUACUGUCUCCUGUGUUUGCCUUACUUCAGAUCAUUUUCCUCUCUUCUUUUGUCCUUACCACUUGCUUUUCAACUCUUUUUUCUGGUGUCAUUAAAUAGUAUCUUUUAUGCUGAACAUUUCUAUAUGCCUCACACAGGGUUUUAUAACAUUUUGAUAUUUCUUUAUUAACUAUUUGUGAAACCACUCGUGAGGUCACACGAAGCGGUCACAAAUAUUUGUGUCUGGAGUCAAAAUUAUCUGUGGGCAGAAUCAGUUAAAGGAAACUGGCUAGAUUUCUAGGAUUUGCUGCCAGUCUGCCACAACAAAACUUGAUUAGCACAAAAUCAAUUUUUUUUAGAAUGUUUUUGGGGGCAACGUUAAAUUUUCCUUUAGAGAUAGCAGCAUAGAUCUUUGGGUAAUAAGUUCCGUACUAAAGAUCAGAACAGUUGAUAUUUUGUGUUCUUUACUUUGAAAAUAAUUAUGGUAAUAUUUGUGUUGUUUACACUGCUCUUGAAGUAAAUCCUUUUGACCAAAGCUGUGAUGGACUGCUGGUUUCAAUGUAUACACUUUGACUAGUACUGCUGCUAGUUCAUAGGCCUACGUAUUAGCUUUGGAUCAAUAUUGUUCGGGAGGUCAUAUUACAUAAAUUUCAAAGUCUAUUCAAACCAGGGGUUCCAUUUGAUAAAAGUACGGGUGAGCAUUAGGUAUUAUAUUUUUGGUAAGAUACUUGUGAAGGCUUUAAUUGUAGAAUAAGUGUUAUUUUUGUUUGAUGAUUUUAACGUUCUACAAGAUACACUUGUAUAAUUUUUAUGGUAGAACUACCCAGUUAUUCUGCCCUAAGCUGACAAAAUGUCUUUUUAAAAUGAAUUCACUGUAGUUUUGAGAUAAAGAGGCUUUUUGUCUGCACGGCCAUUUAAAAAGUCGCUCUUCCAGAAUUCUAAUUCAAUCAAUAACUUGUCACAGUUUUACUUUGAUUUUUUUCCACACAAGCAGAGAAACUGAUCAGGCUUUUGAUUUUGCAAAUAAGAAUAUUAUUAUUGCGACAAAAAUGAAAAAAAGGGGCAUUUUGUCAGCUUUUGGCUGUAUUGGUUAGAGUAAUGAAGGAAGAAAUAUGGGAUGAAGACAGAUAAUAUGCAAUAGUAAAUUUGCGUAUCUGAGCAAAGAUGUUCUUGUAUGCGCUUUUCCUCAUUAUAGAGAUUUCAAUUCCUAUAUUUGUGUUUUAGUUCCUGUCAGUUUCGCUUAAAACUUUGAAAGGGGAAUAUGAUGCAAAGAUUUACCAAGAAUCAACUAGUUUUUGUGAAUCUGUUGGAAUUUUUUUGUGAACGUGUUUAUUGUUAAUGUUGAAGGCUUUUGUAAAUGAGUUCUUCACCUUGUUGAUAAGAUGUAAUACUAAUUAAUGUUGACAUUGUCUUAAAGUGGAUGAUCAUGUUUUUGUGAAACUGCUGAUUACCGUUGAUUCAUGACAAGAUUACUUAGGUACUGUUGUGUUUGAAUGAGAUGGGUAUUUUUAAAAUGAAUGUGUCACGCAAAUGUGUUUGUGUGAGUGUGUGACUCUUCGUGUGCGUGAGCACACUCUUGUAGUGUUGUGUUAGGGCUAUGUGUUUAGCUUUUGCCUUAAUAAAGAGAAUAAUUUACUGUGAAA